AUGUUUUCUAAAGGUAAUAACUGUUUAUCUGGUAUUAGAUUUUGGGUAUGUAGUAAUAAUGUAAAGCAAAGCCGCUGUGCAGAAACGAGUGAAUGUACCGAUCAUGAAUCGAAAACAAUAUGGAAGGUUUUGAGCUACAACGUUUGGUUUCGUGAAGAUGUCGAGAUACACGAGAGGAUGAAAGCACUCGGCGACCUUAUCGAACUCCACUCCCCGGAUGUUAUAUGUUUUCAGGAGGUCACCGCAGGUAUCUACGAAAUUUUCCGGCGAUCAAAUUGGUGGAAAGGUUACAUGUGCUCGAUUUCAGAUGACGAGGCCUUUUCGGGAUGGCGAUACUUUUGCAUGCAGUUGCAGCUAUGCAAACUGCCGGUAAAAUCGUACAGCUGCAAGCCUUUCCACAAUUCGAUAAUGGGGCGAGAACUUUGCAUUGCGGAAGUCCAAAUGCAGCAGCCAAACACGGCACUAGUCAUUGCCACAAGCCAUUUAGAAAGCCCUUGCCCGAGGCCUCCGGAAUGGGAUCAAAUGUACAGCAAUGAACGCGUUUUUCAGGCGAAAGAAGCUGUUAAAUUUCUCGACAACAACAGUCGGAACGUGAUAUUCUGCGGUGAUAUGAAUUGGAAUGAUGAACUAGACGGGCCUUUCCCAAAGCCCGAAGGAUGGUUAGAUGCAUGGACCGAGCUAAGGCCCGGAGAAAUUGGAUACACUUACGACACGAAAUCGAACACUAUGCUGACUGGGAAACGCGCGAUACAAGAACGGCUCGAUCGGUUUUUGUGCAAAUUGAAGGAUUUCAAGAUUAGUGGGAUUGAAUUGAUUGGUAGAGAUGCAAUUCCAGGGUUGUUUUAUACCAACAACAAGAAUUUGGUGCUCCCUGUUUUUCCCAGUGAUCACUUUGGACUACUGUUAACAAUCUGCCCCUCACAGAUUUGACUAAUUACACUUUCAUCCACAAAAGUUGAAC